AUGUCUUCAGUCCCAAUGGAAAUGAAAGAAAAUACUGUUGCAAGUUCGAAGUGGCUUGAUGCACACUACGACCCUGUGGCCAACCUGUAUACCUUUACUUCUUGUAUUGCCCUUGCAGACCUGCACGGGGAUGGUGAAAACAAGCUGGUGGUGGGUGACUUGGGCACUGGGGCGUGCAACAUGAAGUUGAAGGUGUAUCGCGGAACAGGCCUGUUGAGUGAGAACACCCUGCUGGAUUUACCCACGGGCCUCGUCUCCUUCCUCAUGGACAAGCAUGAGCCACGGACGCCGGCCAUUGCCGUGGCCUCGGGACCCUUCAUCUACAUUUACAAGAACCUGCGUCCGUAUUUCAAAUUCACUCUUCCUCCCCUCGAAGUCAACGCUUUGGAGCAGGAUGUCUGGAGUCAGGCCAAAGAGGAUAUGAUUGACCCUAUGACCUUAAAGGAGAUGCUGGAGGGGAUAAGGGAUAAAGCUGAUAUUCCACUGUCUGUCAGAUCACUACGAUUUCUCAUGCUUGAGCCACAAGAUAUGGAAGAAUUUGUCAACCUACACAAGCAGCAGCCCAUACGCAGACAGACGGUCAUCACGUGUAUAGGAACCCUGAAGAAGAACAUGGCUGAUGAGGAUGCAAUCAGCUGCCUGGUGAUUGGCGCAGAGAGCAGAGAUAUCUACAUCCUGGACCCAGAGGCCUUCACCAUCCUCUGUAAGAUGUCGCUGCCCAGUAUUCCCACCAUGAUGGACGUUACUGGUCAAUUUGACGUUGAGUUCAGGAUCACUGUGGCGUGUCGCAGUGGGAACAUUUACAUACUGCGUAGGGACUCACCUCAGCCUAAGUAUUGCAUUGAGUUGUCCUCUCACCCAGUGGGGCUGGUCAGGAUGGGAAAGAACGUGGUGGUGGGAUGUGCCCAGGAGACCCUACAGUGCUACACUCAGAAGGGGAAGAAGCUGUGGACGACCUACCUGCCUGCUCCUGUCACCACUAUGGCUAUGAUGGACCUCCCCACACGAGGUUUCCAGGCAGUGCUUGUGGGUUUGGCCAACUGUGAAGUCCACGUGUACAGGGACAAGAAUCUUGUCAGCACCAUCAAGACUCCAGACGUGGUGACCAGUAUUUGUUUUGGACGUUAUGGGCGAGAAGAUGGGACCCUGAUUAUGACCACUAAAGGUGGGGGUUUGAUUGUGAAGAUCCUGAAAAGGACAGCUGUGUUUGAAGAGAAGGAUUCAGUCCCUGGUCCCCCACUGGCUCAGAGCAUUCGUCUCAACGUACCCAAAAAGACAAAGUUGUACGUUGACCAGACGAUGAGGGAGAGGGAGAAUGCCAUAGCCAUGCACAGGGCCUUUCAGAUGGACUUGAGCAGGAUGCGUUUGGCUGCGGCGCGGGCUUACGUCAAGGCCCUGGAGUCCAGCCAAACGCCCAUGUCCGCCAGCCUCUCCGAGCCACUCAAGAUGAACGCCGUGGUCCAGGGGUUGGGCCCGUCAUUCAAACUCACUCUAAACAUUCAGAACACGGCUGCGUGUCGGCCCGUGAUGAACUUAGCCAUCAGUUUCCUCUAUGACGAGGCUCUGUACAGCAUGAGAACGGCUUUCUUCAAGAUUCCCCUGUUGGUACCAGGACUAAACUACCCCAUUGACACGUUUGUGGAGUGCUUGACUGAUAAAGGGAUCUCUGAUGUCAUCAAGGUGUUUGUGCUGCGUGAGGGGAAAAGCGCGCCCCUCCUGACCGCUCACAUCAACAUGCCUGUCAGCGAGGGACUGGCUCUCAACUGA